CAGACUUUGCCGUUCGUUUGCGAACGCUUUUGGUGGCAAGUCAAGGUCAUAACGAUCAAACUACAGUAAUAACUUCCUUGGAACCUCCAGUGAAAGGUCUCCAUCAGCCAUUCAGCAUGCAUUUGCAGUCUUACAAUCACUUUGUUAGAGGGGAUCCAAGAUAACAGCCAGUUAGUCAGUUGUAUUAGUUACAAAGAGACAACCACACAAUACUUAUUAUUAUUUAUUCAGUUGGCCAAGAAUAACAAUGAUUCCAAGAAGAUUAUUGAGCAGAAUGGGGAUCCAUCCGUUGCUGCUGCUACCACUCUGUCUUUUCUGUGGACUGCUACAUUAGUAGUACAGUGUGAAGCCCACGAAGAUGAGAUGGGUCACAGCCACGACGGCAGUUUGAAACAAGUCCAUGUGAUUACCCGCCAUGGAUCUCGCCGACAAUUGCCCAAAGAUGCCGAUUCGCUGUCGGAAAGUGAGACUGCCAUUGACAGUUUAUUAACUCCAUUGGGACAACAACAACAGUAUCAAUUGGGGGUUUGGUUGCGCGAACACUACAGUAAUAGCUCCACCACGGGCUUUGCCGACAAUGUAUUGGCGGAGUACGAUCCCAUUCGCGUCCAUGUGGAAUCCUCGGCAUACGAACGAACGUUGGUCUCGGCGCAAUCGCUCUUGUUGGGGCUCUUUCCGAGUGCCACGCGGGGACUUCAAUUGAUUCCAGAAACUCCGCCCGUCAUUCCCAUUUACAGCAAAGCCCGCCACAAUGACUUUGACUUGCGAGCGUACGACAAGUGUCCCACGUAUCACGAUACACUCGAGAAACUCUACAAUACUCAAACCUGGCGGCAAAUGGAAUUCAAUAGUAUGCAUCUCUUACGAAAAUUGGCACUGAUUCCUGCAUUUUCCGAGUAUGCCCAACAUUUGGAUGGAGAAUAUAUUCCUCUUAAAGAUAUUUGGAAUGUCUACGAUCUCAUUCAAGUCGCCAUGGCCGAGUGUGGAACCGCGGGGUCUUAUUUUUACGACGCGUGUCGAGACUUGCCGGAUCCAUCCGUCGCCACGUCCAUUCAAGGAGAAGAUUGGACGGCCGUACGAGAAUUGGCCCAUGCCGUGGAAUUGCUCAAAUUUGGAGCCGACAUGGCCGAGUCCAAAGUGGGUGGACCACUCUUGGACCGGAUUGCCACACGCAUGGACAAGUAUCAAGGCAGUGCGGAACAACAAAAAUUAUACUUGUAUUCGGCCCAUUAUCCCACACUUCUCGGACUCUACGCCGCCAUGAAUAUCCCCUUUCACGAAGAGGGAGUCAUUCCCGAAUAUGCGUCCGCUCUGAUUUUCGAAGUCCAUCAAGGAACGGAGUAUUGGAAAUUCUACGUUCGCAUCUUUUACAAGUCCGGUACCAGCACCGAACUUUCGCCCAUUCAUUUGUCGGACACGUGUCGGACCGAUGUCAAGGACGGAUGCGAUUUGUUUUCCUUUUUGCAGGAAAUACGGACGCGCCGAUUGACACCCACCGAAUGGUGUACCGCCUGUGGCAAUACCAAAGCCGAUGCUUGUCUGCAACAUCAACUCGAAUUGCAUCAUCCUGCACAAUCGUCGUGCAGUAGUCACAACAAUUCACGCUAUGCCGCCGUCUAUUUUGCCGGAAUGGUGUCCACCCUCAUGAUUUUGAUGGUGUGGAAUACUUUUUGCAAACAGCGACCGACGGUUCGUAGUAGUACCAAAACGGACGAGUUCCACGACCAUGUCCAGCCGGAGGAGGAUUUUGUCCAGAAUCAUAAUGGUCAGCCACAACAAAAUGGUCAUGAGGAGGAGGGGGUAUUUGUCCAGAAUAAUGGAUACCCACAAAAUGAUGCCCCAGUUCCCCCUCCUGUAAUCACGUCCGAUGCCAUGUUGGCGUAGCUAAAGAAAGACAAACACCACCAACAACAAUAAACAACCCGACAAAGAAGAAGAACUUAUGCACUUGAGUGCAUGUAACAAUCAUCCCCUUCGUAAUCUUAGAGAAUUCAUAUUUACUUCCCUGCCUGCUGAUUGAUGUCUCGUGGGCUCUGCAUUACUGAAGGAUGGUCAGAAAAGGGCAUGCUUCGGAACAACUGUUUCCAGGAGAGUGUUCUAGAGAAUUAUCCUAGGAAUAUCACACUUUAUUGCUUGACAUGUACGGGUACAUACCACAAGGCUCAUAGAAAAGGGCAACAUCACUUGCAGUGAACGAAAAAAUCAGAGGAAGGGAUCGACUGCUGCUGGCGCCUGGCUUUGUGGCUGGUAGCUGCUUCAACCGCGUUUUCGCUCCUUUCGUUCCUUUUUUUACGCAUUAGAAAUGAAGUGCCCUUGACAUAAGGAUGGAUUGAGAGAUAGAAAGUAGAAGCGACAAUCCAGAUCGCACGAUGCCAGCAGUCGGACCCAUUUGUCCUUGCUCAUCGUUCCGCUCCGCAUCAGCUCCAGUACCUUGCCCCUGCCUGCACGGUUCAGCUUUAGCAAGAACUCAGCUUUGGGGUUGUGAAUUGAACGCAUCUCCUGAAAAAACCGCCCUCGAGUUUGCUGCCUGUGCUUGAUGCGAAUGCUUGCCAAGACAUGUUGAUUUCCAGCAGUCCCAAAAAGGGUCCCCAAACCGUAUCACUGAGCGAGCUAAUGUCACUGUCUGUCCUCAAAUGGAGAAUCUGAAGGGUGGAAUUGGAGCGUAGAGACUGAGCCAUAGUUUGAAAAACGUUCAUAUCAGAAAGUCUCAAAGACCCCAAAGACAUCUCCAGCAACUGGAAAGGUACGUUUGCUGACAAUAUGAACGCAAUGGCAGCACUCUCAGUGGCUUUGUGAGUGCCUGUGGUAUCGAGGCUGAGCUUCUGAAGGGGGUUGCUUGGAUCUCGCUGCCUUAGGCUCCGAACAAUGGCCGGCGCAAUUUGUUCAUCUAGAUCAAAGUCCUUCAGCACAACCUUCUGAAGGCUUGGAUUCGAAAACAUACGACCAAAGUCUGGUGGAUCCAUGCCCCACACUGACAAACAUGACAAGUCGAGAGACUUCAAUUGAGGCAUGCGAGAGAAAGCAUGUACCAAGGGGCCUUUGCAGAUUACCCCCUCUGGAACAGUGUGGAUUUGAAGCGAUGAUAGGGAAUGGUGGGCUUCAAGGUAUCGAGCAAGCUCUUCGAACUCCAAAGCAGUCCCAACCAAGUGAUGCCGACACAUACAAAACUUGGUCAGGCCCACCACAUGUCGCAGCACAAAGAUGCCGAAAGCCGCGGGAAUUUCCAUGCGAGCGCCAUUAUGACUACGCCAAUCCAACGUCGUCAGCUUGGGCAAGGAAACCAAUGCAGCCAUGAACCUUGCCAUGUAUAUAUUCUCCGGUAGAUCGAACAUACUUGGAUGAACUUCCAUAAGUACAGUUUCUAUGCUCGUGCUGUUGUUGAGUGCUUCGGUCCAGUGAAUCACGUCCAAAGGGUCUAUCACGUAGUAGUCGUACAAGUGAGCCUUGAACAACACUUCUAACGUGUCUGUGUUGAUGCGGCGCAAGUUGACCGCAGGUACCGGAACAACUUGAAUAUCACCUAUCAUAAUGUCGUUCAUGUCGUUCAUGGCUUGCUGAUUACGAUAAGAAGGAACAGCUACUAGCUAUGUAUGCCUGCAAGCUCUAGAGGAUACAAUCAUACACCAGAGA